GGCGGAAAACCUAGUGGAGGAGUUUGAGGUGAAGGAGGACGAGCCGUGGUACGACCACCAGGACCUCCAGCAAGGCAUCUGGUUUCUGCAGUUCUUUGUAAAUCAAUUAUUUCAGCUCUACACUUUGUAGUGAAAAUUAACAUCUCAUGUAGUUGAGUAUUAAAUGAUCAUGAUGCUUGUUCAUGGUAACUAUUGAACUUGGCAGAGAAAAGAGGAACGUCAACUUCCAUGACUUCAUACUUGAAAAAGGAAAAUAAAACAAGCACCUUUUUUGGGAAAGAUCUCCAACUUGCUGCUGAGCUUGGGAAGACAUUACUGGAUCGGAACACAGAGUUAGAGGAUUCUCUUCAGCAGAUGUACACAACCAAUCAGGAACAACUACAGGAAAUUGAAUAUCUGACCAAGCAAGUGGAACUUCUACGGCAAAUGAAUGAACAGCAUGCAAAGGUCUAUGAGCAGUUAGAUGUCACAGCAAGGGAACUAGAAGAAACAAAUCAGAAGCUAGUUGCUGACAGCAAGGCCUCGCAGCAAAAAAUUCUGAGCCUGACUGAAACAAUCGAAUGCCUACAAACCAACAUUGAUCACCUCCAGAGCCAAGUGGAGGAGUUGAAGUCAUCUGGCCAGAGGAGAAGGAACCAGGGAAGAUGUGACCAGGAAAACUCGGCACCCAGCUUCUCCUAUCUGAAAGAGCUGUAUGACCUCCGCCAACACUUUGUGUACGAUCAUGUGUUUGCCGAGAAGAUCACUUCCUUGCAAAACCAGCAAAGCCCUGAUGAAGAGGAAAAUGAGCACUUGAAGAAGACGGUGACGAUGCUGCAGGCCCAGCUGAGCCUGGAGCGGCAGAAGCGGGUGACUCUGGAGGAAGAGUACGGACUCAUGCUGAAAGAGAACAGCGAACUGGAGCAGCAGCUGGGGGCCUCAGAUGCCUACCGAGCCCGGGCGCUGGAACUGGAGGCCGAGGUGGCAGAGAUGCGGCAGAUGUUGCAGUCGGAGCAUCCAUUUGUGAAUGGGGUGGAGAAGCUGGUGUCAGACUCUCUGUUCGUUCCCUUCAAAGAGCCGAGCCAGAACCUGCUGGAGGAGAUGUUCCUGUCUGUUCCGGAAGUGCAUAGGAAGCCUCUCAAGCGCAGUAGCAGCGAAACGGUCCUCAGCAGCUUGGCAGGGGGUGACAUCGUGAGGGGUCACGAGGAGACUUGCAUCAGGCGGGCCAAAGCUGUGAAGCAGAGAGGCAUCUCCCUUCUGCAUGAGGUGGACACUCAGUACAGUGCCCUGAAGGUGAAGUACGAAGAGCUACUGAGGAAGUGCCAGCAGGAACAGGACUCCCUGUCACACAAGGCUGUGCAGACCUCCAGGGCUCCAGCCAGGGACCUAACUGGAGGGAACGCCCAGCCCGAGGCUGGCACCAGCAGCUGGGAACCGGCCUCUGUUACUCCAGAACCCAUCAGUUCCCCCACCACCACGACACCUCCAGAGUACAAAGCGCUGUUUAAGGAGAUCUUUAGUUGCAUCAAGAAAACCAAGCAGGAAAUAGAUGAACAGAGAACCAAAUACCGAUCCCUCUCCUCUCAUUCUUAAACUACUAUUUUACCUAUUUCCUAUUACCUCUCUCUCCCAUUCAGAUGAAUGUUUGCAGGCUCCAAAGCCAGAUGUUGCUCAUGACGUUUGCCUGUUUAGCAAAUGCAGGCAGCAGGAGAGGAGGUGGUCAGUGGUAUCGUUUCAACAAUCCAGUUCCCUUUAAACUCUCCAGGAGAUUCCCAUGACAAACUGGCCUCUGGCUAGCGCACUGAAUAGACUGAGAUUCCUGAAAAAGCCCCAGAACCAAUGGAGGGAAGAUCUGUGCUCCUGUCGGUAUCCUGGAGUUACCGGACCACAGCAUGGAGGGGAAAGGGCAGAGUUGACAAAGUUAAGGCAAUUCCUAUUGCCUUCUUGCUCAAUCUCUCAAAACUGUGUAGAAGUCAGAGGGCUGCCAAACUGAAACAGACAUCCUUUGCAAACACUGUUGGAUACUGUGAAUUCAUUAAGAAGAAUGUUCAAGAGAAAGCAGGGGUCUAAUCCAAAAUAAAUAGCAUUAAUACUCUAAGCCCAUGAGUUUUGUUAAAUCUGCUACCAAGUGAACUGAGACUGACAAGUAAUCCUAAUGUAUCUAAAUCGAACACUAAUGCAAUACCAAAUUGAAAUGGCUAGCUUUGAUUUGAUCCAAGGUAGCUUGUUAGCAUACAUCCUAGAGGGCGGUGCCCUUGUCCCCCCAAAUUCAAAUGUUUUUAUUCAAAGGUAUAGCCAGUAGGAUAGGUGAAUAUGUAAGCCUUUAAUUCCUCCUCUCAAAUUCAAACUAAAGGGAAGGAUCAAACCUCUGUCUCCUAAGUGUUGUCUGAGCUGGCUAACUUAGCCCGCCACAAGCUGCUCUUGCUAAUUCUUAACCAUUCCUGUAAAUGUUUUUGACUUACUGCAGAAAUUCCUGUCUACUAUGAUAUUAAGCAGUAUUGGUGUUCUAAGUGUGGAAAUACAUUCAUCCUCUCACUUUGCAAACUUUUAAUUUAAAACUAUUUAAGAGAACUAAGGUUCUGAUUAUUGUAUAUAUUUUUCUAAAAACCAAAUAAAGCUACCUAUGAAAAUGAAAAA